UGCAUAUAGAGAAAGUUAUUUAUAUAUUAUAUAGACAGUUUCCAACUCUAUCACGGAUAUGCGUAUAUUGCUCAUUUCUGCUGCUGAAACAGCUGUAACAAACACCUGUUCGCCAAUGUUUUGAAAGAAAAUUUUGGACGAAAAUGCAACGAACACCUCAUCUAAGGCUGUUAUUUCGUUUUGCCAACAGGCAACUAUGCAGGAGUGAAGAAUUUCAUAGCAGGCGCUCCACCGCCCAGAAGUUGAACAAGCCCCAGCGCCGAUGGCAGAGUGUGCCUUAUGUGCGAUUGGGGGUUUUGCUGGCAGGAGCUGGCGUCAUUGUCUAUGAUGGCAUUGUCAACGAGUUCACCUACUGUGGGGCAUCUGUGCGUUUCGCCCGCUCACUGAAAACUGCAUCAUUGAUAGCUGUCGAUUAUCUGUGGCUGAACAAGAAUGAUCCGGAGUAUGAAAUCAAGAAAAAAGUAGUGCAUAAAAGUAGUGCGAACCGCCUAUUAGAAACGUGUCUGCUUAAUGGUGGCCUCUACAUUAAGGUGGGCCAAGGAUUCGCAGCCAUUAAUCACAUUUUGCCAAUUGAAUACACAAGUACACUAUCAAAGCUGCAGGACGAGUGUCUGCCAACCUCAAAGUCCGAUAUACAGAAAGUGUUUCGCACUGAUUUUGGCCAGCUACCCGAGGAUAUAUUUAAAGAAUUUGAUUACAAACCCGUUGCGGCCGCGAGUCUGGCGCAGGUCUUCAAGGCGAGGCUACAGAGCGGCGAGCAGGUGGCCGUCAAAGUGCAGUAUAGCGAUUUGCAGAAGCGUUUCAUCAGCGACUUGGCAACUAUUAUCUUUCUGCAAGACAUAAUCGAGUUUAUCUUCAAGGACUACAAUUUCGGCUGGAUCUUAAAUGAUCUCCGCAAGAAUCUUGUGCAUGAGCUCAAUUUUGUACAGGAGGGUAAAAACGCUGAGCGCUGCGCCAGGGAUCUACAAAAGUUGAGCUACGUGCGUGUGCCCAAGGUCUUUUGGGGCCACACUAAGACACGUGUGCUUACACUUGAAUGGAUGGACGGGCUUAAAAUUAGUAACAUGGAGGGCAUAAAGAGGAUGGGCCUGCGUCUGAUUGACAUCGACCAUAAGCUAUUUAAAGUAUUUGCAGAGCAGAUCUUUCACACUGGAUUUGUGCAUGCGGAUCCACAUCCCGGCAACAUAUUUGUGCGUAAAAGUGCCACAGGUGGCGGUGCGGAUAUCAUAUUACUGGAUCAUGGACUCUACGAGGAGCUUCCUCCUGAUGUGCGGAUUCCUCUAUGUGAAUUCUGGGAGGCCACCGUGCUGCGCAAUGAGCCACGUAUGAAGGCAGCUGCGAAUAAAAUGCAGGUUGUUGAUCAUAUGAAGUUUGCCGCGGUGCUCUUCCAACAGCCCAUCAAAAUGGAGGGUGGUCGCAUACGCAGCAAACUCACACAGGAGGAUAUCGACUAUGUGCAGAAGGUAGCCAAGGAAAACUUUGAUAUCAUAAUGAGCACCCUUAAGGAAAUGCCGCGCAGCUUGCUCUUUGUGGUUCGCAAUCUGAAUACUAUACGGGCCAUUGGCGAUAUGCACGGCGAUUUGGUGGACCGACCGCGCAUCAUGGCUCGCUGUGCCCAGAGUUGUCUAUACAAGCAGAGUAGGUCGCCGAUCCAGUAUAUUCACUGGUUAUACCGACGCAUAUUCUUUGAGUACUGUCUAUGGGCGUCUGCCUUUAGAGUCCGCUUGUUGGAUUGGUAUUUCAAUUUCCUGUAUCUGGUGGGACGGGCCCCAGCAGGCGCCAGGACACUUAUGCGAGACAUUAUGAAACAGGAAAAGCAAGCAAGCAACCAUUACUAAACAAAAGAAUAUUCCAUCUUCAGUCAUUAACCAUUGUUGCAUUUGAUGUUAAAUGCAAUUCUUGCAUAUAUUUAGAAACAUGUCUUUCAAAUUUUUUGUAACAUGUCAUGUUAAAUUUUUGUAAUUGGUCCACUGUCUAGAAACUAUAUUCAAAUUGUACCAUAAUAAAAGCCAUUUGAAGCUAUCAAUGUAAUGGA